ACUUGUGUCUACACAUGGUACUCGUUGCAACUAGUAAAAAAUUACUGAGAACGAAAUUAUUGCAAAAUAAAUUGUCUGAAUUAUCAAACGUGGUCGGUUGGACGACUAUGACAAGAAUGAACGUAUUUUCUUCAAAAUUUAAUCCUAUGACAGGAAGUAACGAGUGGUUGAUGCAGGAGGAAAACUAUGAUUAUAUUCAAGAAAUUGCAAGAUCAUCUUAUGCAGAUAUGUUACAUGAUAAAGAAAGGAAUCAAAAAUACUACUCUGCUAUAAGAAUUGCUAUUGAAACAAUGAAGAAACAUGGAAAAUCUGCUAAAGUAUUAGAUAUUGGAACUGGAACUGGUUUACUAUCUUUAAUGGCUGUUCAUUGUGGAGCUGAUUCUGUAAUUGCUUGUGAGGUAUUCGAACCAUUGGCAUUAUGUCAUUUAAAUGAAAUAACAGCAAAUAUUUUAGAGAGAGCUCACAAAAUCAUUUACAAACAUACAACCUGAUCAUUGUCUUUACUCUUCGAUAAUGAUUUACCAGAAAAAGCUAAUAUACUUGUCGCUGAAGUAUUUGACACAGAAUUAAUUGGAGAAGGUGCUUUAGAAACAUUUAGACAUGCUUUGAAAUAUUUAUUAGAGAAAGAUGCAAUUGUUGUGCCUUCAUCAGCUGUUGUGUAUGGUCAAGUUAUACAAUCUGAUAUGGUUCAAAAAUGGAAUCAGUUAUCUCCUAUUGUUUUGGAUGAACAGACAACAAUAUUGCCACCAUGUCAUAUUAAAUCUUGCACAGGUGCUGCAGCUGUACAUGAUCUACAGCUCAAUCAACUUUCUACUGAAGAUUUUAUUCCUAUUACUGAACCUAUGGAACUUUUCAGGUUUGAUUUUACUGGUAAAGUGCCCCUAAAAUUAAAUGAAGAAAAUAAAGUAACUGCAACUGCUCUAAAUUCUGCUGAGUGCCAAGCACUUUUCAUGUGGUGGGAGUUGAAGAUGGAUAUGAAUGGAAAGAUUGUGUUAAACUGUGCUCCAUAUUGGGCUCAUUCAAAUCCAUCAAACAUGCAGUGGAGAGAUCAUUGGAUGCAAGCUGUUUAUUAUUUACCAUCAAUACUGGAUAUAAGAAAAAAUGAAAAAUUUAUUCUUCAUUCCUAUCAUGAUGAAUACAGCUUAUGGUUUGAUGCUUAUAGAUUAGAAAAGAGUGAAAACUACACACUUAUUUCAAGACCUGUUUGCACUUGUGGAGCUCAUAUUGCAUUUAGUCGAACAAGACUGGCUAUGCUGAAUGACACAUCUUUAAAUCAAUUAUAUACAAAAGCAAUUAAAAAAGUGGUGAAAAGUGAUUUAAAUUGUCUUUGUGUAGGUGAUGGCAGUUUAUUGCCUUUAAUGACAGCUUUAUUAGGAGCAAAAAAGGUUUAUACUGUAGAAAACCAAGGCUUAAUAGAUAAAGUAAUCAGAUCUUACGUAGAUGUAAAUUCAGUUAAUAAUAAAGUUGUUGUCAUAAAGAAAAAUGCAAUAGAAUUAACAAGAGAUGAUGUUGAAGGAAAUGAGAUUGAUAUUCUGAUGGGAGAACCAUAUUUUAUUUCUUCAAUAUUACCUUGGGAUAAUUUACACUUCUGGUAUGUUCGUUCAAGUUUAGAACCACUGUUGUCUUCUUCUGCAAUUGUUCUUCCAGGCAAAGCAAUGAUUAAAGGUGUUGCUGUUCAGUUUCGAGAUCUUCAUAAAAUUCGUGCUCCAGUUGAAUCAGUUGAGGGAUUUAAUUUAUCAUCAUUUGAUAAAUUAAUACAGGAAGCAAUAAAUAUUACUGACGAUCCAGUAGAACCUCAUCCGCUAUGGGAAUAUCCCUGCACGGCUCUGUCACAAAGUUUUGAAAUGAUGAUGUUUGAUCUGACAAUACCAAUAGGAAAUACCAUAUGUGAAUCCAUCGGUUGUAUUAAUUUACAGAGUGCUGGUACAUGUAAUGGUAUUGCUAUGUGGAUGGAGUAUCAAAUGGAUAGUGAUUCCACAAUUUCUAAUGGACCAUUAGAAGUAAAAUUGGGUGAAGAAAUAAAAUGGAGUAAGACUACCAGGCAAGGUGUCCACUUCCUUAAGAAACCAAUUCAUGUUCAGCGAGAUCAAAAACGUCACAUGAAAUAUUCAAUAGUCUUUAAUCCAUCAGUGGGUCAUCUGUCAUUUAGCUUUGAUGCCGUGCACAAAUAGAUUUGCUCCAUUUGGCAAAGUCAAAUCUCACAAAAAUGUCUUCAAGGUUAAUAAUGGCUUGAUUACCAUCAAGCUAUCAUUUUAAGAAAGAAAAUACAUUUUCUUUCUUAAAAACUAUGUUAAAAAGAAAUACUCAAUUGUAUGUUUAAACUUAAACAUGAAUGUUCAUUGUAUAUAAUCAUGUAUUUAUAAAUAUGCAAAUUCAUCUGUCAUAUCCUAUGCUUCUAAAUGGUCUUUCAAGAAGACAUCAGCAUAAUGAAGUUUCUGAUUUUAUUUAGUUCAGAUCCAAGUAAUGCUGAGAUGGAUAAAAGUGUUUUUCUUUAUAUAGAAUUUUCUAAUUUGGGAUAUUGGUUGUUAUUGAUUAUAAAUAUUAAAUCAUAAAAAACUGGAUGUAUCUUAUUUUAUACAAGUACAUGAUAUACUGAUCAAUAUCAAAAGUUUAUUUUAAUCAUCCUGUAAAUUCAUGGACGAAAGGUUUUUAAAAUAACUUUUAUUUAUCUAUCAAAAUGAUUGUCAACUGAAAAAUAAACUUGAUAUAUAAAAUGUAAAAGAUAUAAACAUUUAUUUUUUUUUUUGUUCUUUUACAAAUUCUAUAAAAAUGAAAAUGGUCCUUUCCCAACUACAUAAAUUAAUUUUCUUUUUGAUUAGUUUAGUUUUACAGUUUCACCACACAUA